UGUGAUUUGACGUUGGUUGUGGGUCCUCCUAUAUAAAUCUGUAGCGUACGUCGAUUAUACAAUUUGCUGGCAGUUUGAGUUCGAGUUUAGUGUUUGUUCGUUUCGUUUAUUGUUUUGGUGAGAACUGAGAACUGAGAAGUAUUGUGAGUUCCGUAGUAUAAGCUAUCUAGCGUGAACUAUUGAUUUCAUAUCUACAAAAUGUUGAGAUUGAUUGGGAAUACUGUUACAAAAUUAUCAAAAUGCAGCUAUUCUGCACAAGCCAUACCAAAACCGGUGGAAUCUCCCAAUGUGCUCUAUUCUGGGAUCUUUAUCAACAAUGAGUGGCACAAAUCAAAAACGGGAAGUACCUUUGAAACUAUAAAUCCUACCACCGGCAAAGUCAUCACCGAAAUUCAGCAGGGAACUAAGAAAGACAUGGAUCUAGCCGUCGAAGCAGCUCAUGAUGCUUUUAAAUUCGGUUCGGUAUGGAGACGAUUGGAUGCGUCGGAGAGGGGACGUCUUUUAAAUAAAUUGGCAGACCUUAUGGAAAAGGAUGCAGGGUAUAUCGCUAGUUUGGAAACCCUGGACAAUGGGAAACCUUACCACGAGGCCUACUCCAUCGACGUGCUUGGUAGUAUUAAAGUGCUUCGAUACAUGGCGGGUUGGGCAGACAAGAACCAUGGAAAAACCAUUCCGAUGGACGGUCAGUUCUUCUGUUAUACUCGCCACGAACCUGUUGGGGUGUGCGGUCAGAUCAUCCCCUGGAAUUUCCCACUCCUGAUGUUGGCUUGGAAAAUUGCUCCCGCUCUAACAACGGGCAAUACCGUAGUAUUAAAGCCGGCAGAACAGACACCACUGACGGCCUUGUAUGUAGCACAGCUUAUCAAGGAAGCCGGUUUUCCCCCUGGGGUUGUUAACAUAGUGCCUGGAUUUGGGGAUGCUGGUGUAGCAUUGGUUGAAAAUACAAAGGUGGACAAAAUUGCCUUUACGGGAUCAACAGAAGUAGGGAAGAAGAUACAGAAAGCCUCUGGCGAAUUCAACCUAAAACGCACCACACUAGAAUUGGGGGGUAAGAGCCCCAACAUAAUUUUAGCCGAUGUCGAUAUCGAAAAAGCUGUCGAAGCAGCACACUUUGGCGUCUUUUUCAACCAGGGUCAAGUUUGCUGCGCUGGUACCAGGACGUUUAUUGAAGAUUCUAUCUAUGACGAAUUUGUAGAGAGAUCCGUCGAACGUGCCAGAAAUCGUAGAGUAGGAAAUCCGUUUGAUCCCCAAACCGAGCAAGGACCACAAGUGGAUGAGCUACAAAUGAAAAAAAUCCUUUCUCUAAUCGAGCAAGGAGUCAAGGGUGGCGCGAAAUUACUUCAUGGUGGUGAAAGGCACGGCGAAGAAGGAUAUUUUGUUAAACCUACAGUUUUCGCGGAUGUAGAGGAUCACCACGUCAUUGCCCAGGAAGAGAUCUUUGGCCCUGUCCAACAAUUAAUGCGCUUCAAAGACUUAGACGAACUAAUCGAACGUGCCAACAACACCAACUACGGCCUCGCCUCGGCCAUUUUCUCUAAGGACAUCGAUAAGAUUAAUUAUCUAGUGCAAGGUAUAAAGGCUGGUACUGUCUGGGUUAAUACUUACAACGUGUUAUCCCCGCAAUCGCCAUUCGGAGGCUUCAAAGAUUCAGGCCACGGCAGGGAAAUGGGACAGUACGGUAUUAAUCAAUAUACCGAAGUUAAAUCCGUAAUUACGGCGAUUCAACAGAAAAAUUCGUAAACACGACUUUUGAUGUGGACUUUUUUUGUGAUACCUAAGGCCUGUAAAAAUAUUUUUUAACAUACUGUUCCAUAAAUGUUUGUAACGUAUUAUUUGGUGUGCUUGCUAUUUACACAUUCGACUGACACUAUCUUGUGCAGUCAUUUUAUUGUUUUUAAUUUUUUUAAUAUAUAAAAGCAGUUAAUAAUCGAUUAGCUGGCACACCAUUUAGUAACCAUACCAAAACGUGUGUUAAAAACUGUACUUUUUUUGUAUGGAUGAAUGUUAUUUUUGUAAUAAAUAAAAUCUGCUUCAAGCGUUA